GUAGGAAAUGUGGAAAUUCUUUCUACAAGGAUCAAAAAUACUUGGAGGCAUGCACAAUGUUUGGCCAUGGUCUGCAGUAUGUUCCUACAAACAAUGUCUUACUUUGUGAUCGAGCCGCUUGCAGGUCUAAGCUUGGACAGUGGGAAAUGGCCAUUGAAGAUUGCAAUGCAGCUCUAAGAGAACGGCCUAAUUUCCACAAAGCUCUUCUAUGGCGUGCUCACUCUUAUGCUAGACUUAGAAGAUGGGAGGAUUCUUUAAAGGACUAUUCUGCAUUGAGCAAGGAGUUUCCUGGAGAUGAAUUUAUUGCCAGUUCUCUUGAUCAAGUACAAAUGGAAUUGAAGGCUCAAACUGGUAGAUUCUCAAGCCUUGAGCCAAUAGUGGAAACAAAUGGAAUUGAAGGCUCAAGCUGGUAGUUUCUCAAGGCUCA